AUGACAAGUCACGUGACCACUUGGCCAUGUGCCACACUCGAAGAAAACGCCGCCUCUCUGCUGCUACUGUCGCUGCUCCUUCAUCGGAUCACCACUACUGCUGCUCCUCUUGACGAUCUUCUGCGGCUAAGUCAAGCAGGCGAAGGGGUUCCGACAUCAAAAUGGCGACACUUUCCCGCGGUGUGAGGUUAGCCAUUUCCAAAGAGGUCUUCACCUCUCGCACAAGUGUCCUCUUGCGAGCACCUCUGCCCGCAUCCACCUCAUCUCUCCGGCAGCCAUGCAUUCGGAUGGCCAGUACCCUCUGCUUCCCCUCUCAAUUGCAAACCCCAUGUGCCCUUCCACGCACGUCUCCGACUCUCUCCGCUCUCCAUUGCAAGUCCAGCUCCUCCCCUCUUACCCUUGUGACCCGCAAAGCCUACGCUACUUCCGCCAAUGCUACAUCAACAUCCACUUCCACCGCCAGUGCGAGGACUAUUGCUGCUAGUGAAUACAUAGAAGAAGGUCCCGAGCUCUUGGACGCCCAUCAACCACGGAUCAUCGUUGGAGAUCCAGCCAGAGGAAGAUGGACCAUGUCCGGUGUUCACGCUUAUGUCAUGGCUUUCAUACUCCACUUGAUCCUCUGGUCAUUCCUCAUCAUAGAUUUCAUCAACGAUCUGUACACCUACCUUGGUGCCAUGGUUUCGGAGCAGCUUGGACGUUAGGUGGGAAGUCAAGGUGGACGCAAGGCUAGCUUAUUAGUCCACGGGGCAGAGGGCGAUUGUUAGAGAGCUGGAGACGAUGUGGGCUAGCUGAGAUUGGCCAUCGGGUCAACGACCUUAAAGUAAUAUCCAGGUACAUAUGCAGGCGGGUUCUCAGUGUCAAGGUGAGGUGAGGAAGGAUGGGUUCCAUGCUUUGGAAAUAACCCCACGGAUGAAGCUUCGUUGGCCGGUCAGCCACAGAUGAUGCGUUCAUGCUGUCAUGCGAUGGGACGACCUCACGCACCGACUCCGUUUCCAGUAUCUGCUGCCAAGAUUCUGGCUUGUAUGCGAUUCCAAUCCUUUGGACUGCACGAGCUGGCGCGCAUGUCCGAAACUUUUGAAUUGCACGUCGUGACGUCAAGAAAGGAUUUCUAUCAUUCCUC